AUGGAGCAAGAGCGCUAUAACAUCAAGGCUGUGCUGCAGAGCCAACAAGGAAGCUGGACUACCUGGGAAGGAGUUGUCAACUGGAACAUCAUGUUAGAGAACAUGGGUCCCCAUCAGCUGGAGCUAUUAGUGGACAUGCUGACCAUCAGUGAGUGUGAGAACCUCCUGGCUAUCCUCUCAAAUCCAGAGGAAGACAUCAUCCAGAGGAUUAAUAAACUCUCCGCUGAAAAUAAUCCUCUUGGUUUAUCGUCUCGAGGCAAGAGGGACAUCUCAUCGGCUGUGGGUGCUUCAGCAUCUACAACUACAAAUCCACCCACCAGCCAGCAUCGAACGAAGAGAACUGCUUCUUCUGUGGAUACCGAUCCUGAAGUCGAGUGCCGGGUGACCCUAACAGAAUGGCUGCUGAGGUACGGUGAGCAGAUUUACUUCGACAGGCUUUCUCGUGCCCUGCACCACAUCGGGAGAACAGACAUCGCAUUCGAAGUGGGGAAGAACAUUAACCAGGAUAAGAUCCAGGCCCUGAAGCGCUACGUUGAAGACUAUCACAGAUUUGUGAGCUCUCGCGAGAUCCCAAAGGCAAAGGAAGAGAAGAAGGAGCACCAGCAUGGGAAGCUGAAGAUGUUUAAAAGAGAAGUAAGGGACCUGUCAUGGCGUGAUCUGGAUCUGAUCAUAAUGUGGACUCCAAACACCGAGUACCAGAAAGAUCCUCUGGAUUUGUUCCUGCCACUACUGUACGGACUGCUGGUGGGGUUUGGAAGUUCCUUGGUCGUAGCCGUCUCCUUCAUCUGCUUCAUCAGCUACCUCUCCAACAGAAACCAGCGGAUCAGCCAGUCCACUUCAACCCCCAUUUGGAUCCAUAAUACACAGAAUGAACUCAUACAGCUGGAAGCUGGUUAUGUGAGAGGAAGGCUGUGGGUAUAG